UGUGGUUAUCACUAUAAAUAAGGUUCCACUUGCCAGUUAGAGGCAGUCACAGUUUAUAAAGUGAUUAUUAAAGACGUCGUCGAUCGGCUGAAAAAAUGGAGGCAUUUCCCACGACCUACGAUGUCCGGGACAGGAUAUGGAGCGGAUCAAAACGCUCCUCAGUCUAUAAAGAGGAAACUUCCUUGGGAAAGAUUAUCUGCAACACGAUGAGAACCUUUCCAAAAAAUGUGUUCCAGAUCAACGAUAUUGAUGGCGUGUCAGUGAACUUUGAGCAAGGUAUUUUGUGGGCCAUUCGGAUGGCGCAGUUUUUUAAGAAACGAGGGCUCAAGCACUCAGAUGUCAUAGGCAUUGCUGCCAGGAACUCCACUUACGUAAUGCCCUUAGGAGUCGCUUGUCUUCUAAAUGCAACACCCUUUCACGCAGUAAAUCCGACUAUCGAUGAGGCUACUACCAACCAUAUAUUCUCCAUAACCAGACCAGGCCUGAUAUUCUGCGAUGGCCAAGACUAUCAAAAGGUCCAGGCAGCAACCAUUGCGUGGAAACCGGAGAUCUACACAAUCACCGAACCCGUUCAAGGAGUACCGCACAUUGAGAGCUUGCUGGAUCCCACUCCAACCGAGAUCUUUUAUCAGCCGGAACCCCUAAAGGAAGGUGGCGACCAAACGGUGGCUAUUCUGUGCUCUUCGGGGACCACUGGCUUACCCAAAGCUGUUUGUAUUUCUAAUCGGACCUUACUGCAAGACCCCUUUAUGAUGAAUAACGAAAUGGUCACAUACUCCGCCAGUGGUUUGGAUUGGUACAGUGGCCUGACCUCCUUCAUCAUGUCUACCACAAUCGGCUGUAGCCGUGUCAUUACCAACAGACCCUUUUCUGCCGAAUAUUUUGUCCAACUGGUGGAGAAGUACAAGAUCAGCAAUGCCAUCUUUCCGCCAAGACAUUUAUCCGCUUUGGUGAACUGCCCGGCGGCCACUAAGGAAUCUUUGGCCUCUUUAAAAAGUAUAUUUUACGGCGGAGGCAUCACAUCCAUUGAAACCCUGAAUCGUCUCCAGGAACUCGUACCUAAUUGUGUCCUGACAUCCGGAUAUGGAUUUACUGAAGCCGGUGGCGUAACCGCCGUCAUGGGAUUGAAAAGCGGGAACUCGGCGGGCAAACCUUUACCUGGAGUACAAAUUCGAAUCGUAGAUGACGACGGAAAGUUCUUGACCUACAAUGAAGUGGGUGAGAUCUACGUGAAAACUGGCCUACCCUGGAAUGGAUACUAUGGCAAUCCUUUCGAGUCACGACGCAUGCAGGACUUUGAUGGAUGGUACCACACCGGCGAUCUGGGCUACUUCAACGAACAGAAUCUACUGUUCAUUGUGGACCGCAAAAAAGAGAUCCUCAAGUUCCAGGGAAAUCACUACUGGCCAUCCGAAAUUGAGGCUACCAUAUCGGAGCUGCCUCAGGUCCAGGAGGUAAGCGUGGUGGGCAUUUACGACGAAAAGAAUGGAGACUCCGCUGGUGCCUUAGUGGUUAAGAAGAAGGAUGCCUCCAUCACAGAGCAAGAAAUCAUCGAUCAUGUGGCCAAGCGACUGCCUGCCGUGUAUAAACACCUUCAUGCCGGAGUUGAGUUUACGGAGCAUCUUCCGGCAAAUCCAAAUGGAAAGACAGUCAAGCGGGCGGCACGCGAAGAGUUUCUGGCUAAAAAGUCUGCUGCAGCUUAAACACGAAACACGAGAGAGAACAUUGGGGUCUCAGCCAAAAUAUUUUUCUUUAACAACAUUUUAAUUUUGAAUACGCGUUGAUUGAAACCUCAAUCCACUCGU